AUGGCAUCAACAAAUUCCUCGCCCUCCAUCCUCAAGCUCGAGCAGAGCACCAAGAGAAAGCUGUCUUGCACAUCAAAGAGCGACAUGAACGACUUGGACAUCUUUCCUCGCAACAAGAGGACCAAGAAGAACGCUCCUCCUUUCAAGAUAUUUGAAGACGCUACGGCCGAGAAACCCUGGCAACUAGACGACGAAGAAUGGGAGAAGAAGAUGGACAAAGUCUAUCAGUUUGUACACGACCAUAUCAAGUUGUGUGCAUUUUGGUACUCCCGCAUGCGUGCCUCUUGGUCGGAACCCGCAACUUGGUUCGAGCUUGAAACCGCCGAGGCACUGGCAGCUCUACUCCUCGAGAUGUCCACAGAGUGUGACUCACUGGGAAUCGAGUACGCAAAAGGAGAAGAUCCCCUGAACCGCGUGGAGAAGUUGGCAGGAUACUCCCAGGGACGAGGUUGCAAUCUCGAAUAUCCAUGUAUCACGGACGAAGCCGACGUGGCUAGCCACUUCCCAAAGAAGGGCAAAGACUACUUUGAAAGAUUCGGUAAAACGUGGAAGCUCAUUUCAGGAAUUCACAUGGGGGACAUGUGGGACGAGAUUGGAGACCAUCAAUUGGAAAUUCAAUGGAAAGAAGGCAGCAGCCGCUGGGUCAGGAGUUUGCUAAAGGAGAUGCAAGAAUGCGACGGACUUGAGUACUGGGAAUAUAUCUGGCUGAAGUGGAGUUGA